AUGUUGGUCGAGCUAUUAUUACUGGUGGUCAUACUCCUGCUGAUACACCAACGUUGGACAAAGAGGGAUAUUUACAAGUUGGGUGAACAAUUGAAUUGUGGAGUAAGGUCAUUUCCACUUAUUGGACACAGUUAUUUGUUCAUGGGCGAUGGUUUGGCACGAAUGAAAGCCUUCCAGAUUAUGGGUUUAGAUGCACUGAGAAAAGAAAAUGGCUUGACAUCACUGUGGCUUGGAAAUCGUUUGUAUACUGUGGUUGCUGAUCCUGAAGCAGCAGACACUAUUUUAAAGAGCAUUUCCGAAAAAGACGACAUCAUUAGAAUGGCUUCAGUUUUCAUUGGAAAUGGUUCUAUAUUUGCUCCAGUGUCAAUUUGGCGACCACGUCGAAAGGUCUUAGUACCAACAUUCAGUACGAAGAAUUUGAAAUAUUUCAUGACCAUAUUUGCAAGUGAAAGUCAAAUCUUAGCUCAAGAAAUAGGAAACACAGUUGGAAAUGAUCCGAUUUCAAUAUUUAAGUACUUCACUGCAUAUACAAUGGAUGCUAUUGCGCGAACGACGAUGGGUUAUAAUAUGAACGCCCAAAAAGAUUCUAAUCACUUCUUCUUGAAGGGAUUUGAUAUGGGACUCAAUAGCUUUGCGGAGCGCAUUUGUCAGCCAUGGCUGCACAGUGAUGCGAUAUACAAGAAUCUUCCCUUGUACUCCAGACUGAUGAAACAUAAGAAGGAAAUAUGGGACUUUAUAUCUGAGUUGAUAAGAAAUAAACGAAAAGAGAUUAAAGAAAAAAACAUGACCCAAGAGCAGUAUGAAAAUUCUGCAGAAAGCCACCAGACGACGUUUUUAGAGAGUCUGAUGAGACUGUCUGGAGGUGAUGACGGGUACACAGAUGAAGAAAUAGUUGAAGAACUACUGGUGAUCAUGGUGGCUGGUACUGAUACCUCAGCAGUCGGAGCUGCCUUCGUAUCUGUGGUUCUUUCCAGAUACCCUGAAAUACAGGACAAAGUCUUUGAAGAGUUGCAAGAAGUAUUCGGUGACUCCGACAGGCCGGCAACCUUCGAGGACUUGCCUCGGCUGAAGUACCUUGAUGCAGUAAUCAAGGAGACACUAAGAUUGUACGCGCCAGUACCAGUCAUGACCAGAAAAAUUGAAAAGGAUCUUUAUUUACCCUGUGGUAUAAAGCUGGUGCCUGGCAGCGGUGUCAUGAUAAAUAUCUGGGCUAUGCACCGCAACCCUCGCUACUGGGGAGACGACGUGGAGCAGUUCCGACCUGAACGGUUCAUUGAUGCACAACCCACACAUCCCGCUGUCUACAUGCCGUUCAGUUAUGGACCUAGAAACUGUGUUGGUUAUCAAUACGCCAUGAUGUCGAUGAAGACGAUGUUAUCAACAGUACUGAGGCGUUUCAAGUUCCUGCCUGCCACCAAACCUAACAAUAAUGCUGAGUUCCCACCACUGCGCCUCAAGUUCGAUAUCAUGAUGAAAGAUGAAGAUGGUUUCCAAAUAUGUGUCAAGCCUCGAUCCAAAGUGGCUUAA